UAACCCACGCCGGCAGCCAUGCCGCAGCACACAGCGCAGCUAGCAGAGAUCCAUCGAUAAGAGCACACGUAAGCUAACGCCCCCGUUUGAAUAUUUCGAGCAAGCAGUACCCCACGAGAUCACGGCAGAUUCGUACACGAUACUGCCUCACUACACCUACCUACCCAAUUAAUUAAGCUAGCCAAGCUUAUAUCAGCUUCCCCGGUCUAUAAAACCAUGUCCUUGCUUCCUCCUCAGCAGAUCACCAAGCCAUCAUCCACCAUCAUCAGCAACAACGUCCUGCUUCGUCGUCCCAAGAGCCAGCUCUCGAGCAGUCGUUUCCUGCUAAACGGGCCCUCUAGUUCUUCUUCUUCAUCUCCGUCGUCGAUCUCCGGUAGGACCAGGCGCCAACGUCGUUUUGCUUGCGCCGCCGCGUCGACGACGACGCCGUCGAGUAGUACUAGUAGUGCAAGUGAGAGCGGCGCCGGCGUUGUUGACGGCGGCAUGGCCGGAAAGGCAGGAGGAGGGGUGCGCGUGAAGGCGGUGGCGAAGAUCAAGGUGACCGUGGGAGGGUUCCUGGACAGCCUGAGGCCGUCCAGGGCCAUGGACGACUUCAAGGACCUCAUCGGCCGGUCCCUCGAGCUCGAGCUCGUCAGCGCCCACCUUGACGCAAAGACGGGGAAGGAGAAGAGCACGGUCCGGAGCUACGCGCACAAGGUGGACGACGACGAGCUGGACGCCGUGGUGUACGAGGCCGACUUCGACGUGCCCCCGGGCUUCGGCCCCGUCGGCGCCGUGCUCAUCUCCAACGAGCACCGCGACGAGGUGUUCCUCGAGGAAAUCAAGGUCGUCACGUCCGGCACGGCCAUGACCAUCCGCUGCAACUCCUGGCUGCAGCCCAGGUCGGACGCCGCGCCCGGGAAGCGCGUCUUCUUCUCCAACAAGCCAUACCUGCCGAGCCAGACGCCGCCAGGCCUCCAGAGCUACAGAAACAAGGACCUGGCGCAGAAGCGCGGCGACGGCACCGGCAAGCGCUUGCCAACCGACCGCAUCUACGACUACGACGUCUACAACGACCUGGGCAACCCAGACACCGGCGCCAACAACGCCCGGCCCGUCCUGGGCGGCAACAAACAAUUCCCCUACCCGCGCCGGUGCCGCACGGGCAGGGCCCGGUCCGCCAAGGACCCGCAUUCCGAGACCCGGAGCGGCGACGUGUACGUGCCCCGGGACGAGGCAUUCUCCGAGUCCAAGAACGUGCAGUUCUCGCUCAAGACGCUCACCUCCGUGCUCCACGCGGCCGUGCCCGCAGUGCAGUCCACGCUGGUUGAUCCGGAACAGGGGUUCCAGUCGUUCUUCGUCAUUGACAAGUUGUUUGAGGACGGCGUCGAGUUGCCCCGUGCCGAGGAUCUCGGGUUCCUCCGGAGCGUCGUGCCGAGGUUGCUUGAGCUGCUCCGUGAUGGGCCUGGUGAUCGCGUGCUCCUCUUCGACAGACCCGCCAACGUCCAGAAGGACAAGUUUGCGUGGCUGAGGGACGAGGAGUUCGCGAGGGAGACGCUCGCCGGGAUCAACCCGUACGCCAUCGAGCUCGUCAGGGAGUUUCCGCUGAGGAGCAAGCUGGACCCGGCGGUGUACGGGCCGGCAGAGUCGGCGAUCACGGCGGAGCAGCUUGAAACCCAGAUGGGCCACGUGAUGACAGUGGCAGAAGCCGUGAAGCAGAGGCGGCUCUUCAUGCUGGACUACCACGAUCUCUUCCUCCCGUACGUUCACAAGAUCCGGUCCCUGGAGAAGCGCACCACCAUGUACGGCUCACGCACCGUCUUCUUCCUCUGCGACGACGGCACGCUCCGCCUCCUCGCCAUCGAGCUCACCCGCCCGGCCUCAGCCUCCUCCCCGCAAUGGCGCCAGGUCUUCACGUCCUCCACGGACACGACCAAGUCCUGGCUAUGGCGGAUGGCCAAGUCCCACGUGCGCGCCCACGACGCCGGCCACCACGAGCUCGUCACCCACUGGCUGCGCACCCACUGCGCCGUCGAGCCCUACAUCAUCGCCGCCAACCGCCACCUCAGCGAGAUGCACCCGGUGUACCGCCUCCUGCACCCGCACUUCCGCUACACCAUGCGGAUCAACGCGCUGGCCCGCUCCGCGCUCAUCAACGGCGGCGGCAUCAUCGAGCUCACCUUCUCCCCCGGCAAGUACGCCAUGGAGCUCAGCUCGGCGGCAUACGACAAGCUCUGGCGGUUCGACAUGGAGGCGCUCCCCGCCGACCUCGUGCGCCGGGGCAUGGCCGAGGAAGACCCCGAAGCAGAGCACGGACUCAAGCUCGCCAUCAAGGAUUACCCGUUCGCUAACGACGGGUUGCUCAUCUGGGACGCGAUCAAGAGCUGGGUGAACGCGUACGUGGCCAGUUACUACGCCGAUGCCGGGAGCGUGGCCGGGGAUGUGGAGCUGCAGGCGUUCUGGAACGAGGUGCGCACCGUGGGGCACGGGGACAAGAAGGACGCGCCAUGGUGGCCGAAGCUCGACACACCGGAGACACUCUCCCACACGCUGACGACCAUCAUCUGGGUCGCCGCGGCGCACCACGCGGCGGUCAACUUCGGGCAGUACGACUUCGGGGGUUACUUCCCGAACCGGCCCUCGAUCGCGCGGACCAAGAUGCCCGUGGAGGAGCCCGUGGAUGCGGCGGCCAUGGAGGCGUUCUUGGAUAACCCUGAUAAGGCGCUGAGGGAGUGCUUCCCGUCGCAGGUGCAGGCGACGCUGGUGAUGGCGGUUCUGGACGUGCUGUCGAGUCACUCGUCGGAUGAGGAGUACCUCGGCGGGGAGGAGACGGCGCCGUGGAGCGACGAAGUGGCGGUGAAGGCGGCGUAUGCCGGGUUCGGCAAGAGGUUGAAGGAGGUGGAGGGGAUUAUUGACGGGAGGAACAAGGACAGGAAGCUCAAGAACAGGUGCGGGGCGGGCAUCGUGCCGUACCAGCUCAUGAAGCCCUUCUCCAAGCCUGGGGUCACCGGCAUGGGCAUCCCCAACAGCACCUCCAUCUAAAGUCUCUGAUCAUCCAGCCAACCCGACGUGCUACGUGAAGACCGUUUCCUUGUGAUUACUACUCCUACUUGGAUUGUAUAUGUUCAUUCAUUUAGUAUGUGUCUCAUUUACGCUUUAUUGAUCCGUUGAUCCCGCUAGUAGAGUAUAUGUAUGUACCUUCGAAAAUGACCUGUGUAUGUAUGUUUAUGCAUUUCUGUUAUGUACUUGAUUGAUUGGUCUCACUUUUGUUAUAUACUGAAAGCAAUAUGAGGGGUAACAAGAUGAGGUUUCACGUUGA